AUGGAGUCAGUGAAUAUAAGAGUGGGAAGCUCCGACGUUGCAAGCGGCGGCAAAACAUACAGUUCAAGAAUACUUGUUAGACAUCCAAAAUACAACGCUAGGACUAGUGACUACGACAUUGCUGUAAUUAAACUGUUCAGACGCAUUACGAUAGAUGGCAGAAAUACUACAACGAUUAACUUGCCUUCGAGUAAUUGCGCUGUAUCUCCGGGGACAAACUUGACUGUCACAGGUUGGGGUGAUACCAGUGAAAACGGAGACACGAGUGACACUUUAAUGGCUGUUAAUAUUAAUGCAGUAUCCGACGAUGAGUGCAAACAAUCAUAUUCAAAUUUAACUCCGCGAAUGAUUUGCGCUGGUGUUCCUGAAGGUGGAAAAGAUUCGUGCCAGGGUGAUUCAGGUGGACCACUAGUUAGAACUGGAUCUAAAACACAAGUGGGAGUUGUAUCGUUUGGUGCAGGAUGUGCAAGGCCUAAUACACCAGGUGUUUACAGCAAUUUAUGCAACCCAGAUAUUCAAAAAUGGAUCAAACAAAUGGGAUGUGCUUAA